CAGAGUUCGCUCGUCGGGCUUACGCGACGGUCGUGUGCGGUACCAAGUUCGUAUGUGAAGUGUAUGCACUGGUGAUAAACUCUUUGGUUUUACGCACUCGGAUUUGGUUUGGAAUACCCUUUAUUAUCUAUGAUCUUGCCUGUUGACACUUAAGAUGACGAUUGCGAGAAGAAUAUUUUGAGAUGACGUUGAGAAUGACUUGAGGCACUCAGCCGCUGUAAACACAAAGCCGAAAUGAGAUGAGUAUGCGCGUGGCUUGGUCCAGGUGGUACUGGAUAGUGAUUUUCACGACAUGUGCCGCCAGGACCUCAAGUGAUUGGCUAGACUGCGCGCACAUCGACACCUGCCACUGCAAAUGGUCUUCAGGGAAGAAAACUGCCAGCUGCUCCUCCGGUGACCUUCGCCGUCCGCCGUCACUCUCCCCAGACAUACAAGUCUUGGAUUUGCAUGACAAUCCACUUCGAAACCUGCCCCAGCAGAUCUUCGCAAGCAUUGGUCUCCUCAAUUUACAAAAGUUAAACCUACGAACUACGAGACUACGAUCGAUCCAUGCCGAUGCAUUUUUAGAAUUAAGGAUAUUGAUUGAAGUUGAUUUAGGAGAUAACGACCUCUCAAAUCUGCCGAGAGACCUAUUUAGAGGCAACGAAAGACUGCGAUUAGUUGUACUAAGUAACAACCCGCUGACCACGCUCGUGGCCGACCAGUUCCCACCGCUGCCGCAUUUACGAAUACUUUUAUUAGAUGGUUGCAGACUAAGGUCCUUGCAUACAAAUUCCUUGCGCAACCUAAAAGCUUUAGAGACAAUAGACUUACGUAGAAAUCAGCUAACAUUCCUUCGUUUGAUUACAUUUUCUUUACCAUCUUUGAAGACAGUGUCUUUAUCAGGAAACCCUUGGAGAUGUGAUUGUCGACUUAGAGAGUUCAAGGAAUGGUUUUUAGAUAGUAAAUUGGGAACAGAAGAAUUAUUGUGCGUAGAACCUUCAACACAAGCUGGAAAUAAGUGGCGAAACGUACCAAGUGAAAAUAUGGCUUGCUCCCCUGAAGUGCGGUCAAGUACUUUAGUAGUUAGAGCUGAAGUUGGACUCGCUACUACUUUUGGAUGCUGGGUUCAUGGAGUCCCAAAGCCAAGAGUAACAUGGUUAUUCGAUGGUGUAGAUGUUCAUAAUAACACUGUUGAUGUUGAUAUGGAAGAGACAGAAACUAAUAUUGAUGAUGAUAAUUCUGAAGACAGAGUGCCUGGUAGUGUACGGUGGGUGAAUAUAACACUUCUUAAUGUAACAUCAAAUGCAGCUGGUGAAUGGACCUGUGUAGCUAAAAGCCCUGCAGGAGAAGCCAGAGCAAUCAUUAGUUUAGUCCUGCCGAGAUCUCAAACAGCUACUGCUCGAACCGCCCCUGGAAUCCCCCAGCUUUUAGGAGUAGUGUUUGGCGCGUUGGGUGUCUUAGCUAGUCUAGGUUUUAUCGCAGCUGUUGCCUGUUGGCAUUUGAGAAGACGAACAGUUCCACCGAGUAGAAGCUUUAACGACCAAGAAAAAAGACUAAUUGAUGCAUCAGUUGUCGUCAGUUGCGAUCGGUCUAUAGGGGAUAUAGCCUCGCCAUGUGAUUUUGAGAUGACCAACCGGUCAAUGGACGAUAACCAACCAAGAGGUUGUGGUGGAUUUGAACCUGUACAUAUAACAAUAGAAGGUACACCUGGCGCAUUUCCUCCUCCUCCAGCAGAGUUUGCUGUACCAGUUCCAUAUGGGAAUAUAUUCAUAUCGGUACAAGUAGCAGGAAGAGGGGAGCCGGGGAAAUACCCUGAUUUGUUAAGUGGUGGAGCAACUUUACCAAGAAGAAGUAGAACUUGCUGUACAGCACCAGCUUAUGAUAAUAUGGGUCCGAGGGUAACUGCGACUGGUAGUUCGACGUGGUCUCUUCCUGGUGCCAAUUCGGAUAAUGUGGAGCUCUCAGAGACGCCAGUUUUAAACUUACCUCCACCGCCGCCUGAGUUUGUUUCACUUUAGCCUAGGCCAUUGGUACUAGACCCCUCUUCACUGAGGUGACCUGGUACCCAUAAAAUUACAAGUCAAUUAGGCUUUCCCCUAAUUUUAAUACAUUUACGACAAUUUUGACGUGAUUAUUUUAAUUGUAAAUUUAAUUGUAAAUAGUUUGUAUAAGUGCGGACGAUGUGUGACAUCCUGUGAGAUAUAAUACGUAAGGUUGUUAUCAAUAUUAAAUCUAAAUUGUACUUUAAAGCAUUUACGAUACUUGUUGAUAUGUUGAAAUUCUGAGGCGAGGAUGCAUUACGGCUUUAUUCGAAGGGAAUAAUGGAAUGCGUUCUACGUUAGAAUGCGAUCCUAACAAUGAACUCGAUCUUUGAAUGUCCUCAGAAUAGAAAAUGCCUAUUGUUAGAGAGCAUUGUAACUUAAUACGCAUUUCCCUUUGAAUAUCAGCGUUAGAUUAACCUUCUUUAUUUCUUAGAUAUUCCUUUAAGCCUUUUCAAUGUACGUCUUUGUCUUCCCAACUUUUGUAAAUAUUGUUUAUUAUACAAACCUCCCAAACAUAAGACUGACCCUUCUCUCUUGAUUUCUCUUUGUAACUUUAACGAUUAAUAAAGCUAUGUAUACACUCCACUUAGAGUCAGACAAGAUAGCUUCAUUUUCUUUGAAAGCAACUAAUGUAAAAGGAAAUAAACCGAUCAUGUAAAA